AUGGCCUUCGAGCUUGAGUAUCGCUACACCUUCCUGAACGCAAAGGAGGAAGUCGAGGAGUCUCCUGGAAGAGCGCGAGCUCGCAGCGCUCCACCCGGCAGAACGCAAGCUCGGCAGGAGCCCGAAAUCGAGCCGGAAGACAGGCCUUUCAAAGGCCGAGAGCUGGCACCAGAGUUGCAACAGUUGGUUCCAACUUGGGGUAGUCUGGGUCAUCCGGAAACGUGUCGCCGGCCGUGCAUUUACUUCAUUUCGGGACAUUGUGCCAAUGGACGGAGCUGCACCUACGGCCAUAUGGCGCAUGUGGAGAGGAUGCCGAAACUCGAUAAGAAGCAGCGUAUGAUGGUGCGGCAGUGCAGCCAAGCUCAGCUUCUGAGUUUGCUAGUUCCAUUGUGCUAUGACAGGGCCGAGCGCUGCGGCUUUCUCAAGGAAGCAGCUGAGAUCCUCAAGCUGAUGGAGGAGUCAAGCAGUGCGAUGCAACUGCCUGAAUCUUUUCCGUCUCGAGAAUUCCGCAAUUUGCGCAAAGCACUCCGAAAAAUGAACUUUGUCAGCCUGGUUGGCGUGCUGAUCACACACCAGUCCAAUCGGCCAGAUGAUAAUCUUGCCACUCAGUUGGUUGAGUCGAUGGACAUCCUUCGCGAGCAGCUCACUGUCUAA